AUGUUAUUUGAAACUUUUCUAAGUCUGCUUCCUGUAGCAGCUCUGGCAACCGCGGUCUCAACCCAUCCCCAAACUCCAUCAGACCUCAUUGUUGCCACAUCGAGCGGUAUAGUGCACGGCAUAUACAACGACACAGCCCACAAAGUGCGAGCAUUUCUAGGAAUCCCUUACGCUGAACCCGCAACAGGAGACCUGCGCUUCGCACCGCCGCAACCAAGAGCCCCUUCCCAGCACCCAAUCAACGCGUCGAGCUUUGGUGCUCCAUGUCCACAGGUCUACAACUAUGACAAUGAGUCUAUCUGGAAUGUUCUUCCUUAUCGAAUUCGGAAUGUCGAGGAUAUGAGCGAGGAAUGUCUUUUUGUCAACAUCUGGACGCCGGCGGAACACCAAACAAAGAAAAGCGGGGCUGGGAGAAAGGGGAAGGCGGUUAUGCUCUUUAUUCAUGGAGGUGGAUUCGGUGAGGGGGCCGGGUCUGUGGGUUUCUAUGAUGGGGUGGAUUUAGCAAGCAGCGAAGACGUUGUUGUUGUCACGUUCAACUACCGGCUCAAUGUCUUCGGAUAUCCAAAUGCACCUGGGUUAGAUCCGGCAGAGCAAAACCUAGGGCUGUUAGAUCAGAGACUAGCAGUUCAAUGGGUACACCAAAAUAUCGCCAAUUUUGGCGGUGAUCCGGACAGAAUCCUCCUUUUCGGCCAGUCUGCCGGUGGUGCUUCGGUUGAUGCUUAUGCUUACGCUUAUCCAGAGGACCCUCUCGUAAGCGGAUUUGUACUCCAGUCCGGCACCGUCUCUCUGUUCAACAACGCAGACACGGCCCAUGCCAACUGGAACCGCCUGUCGACUGCUGUGGGAUGUAGCGCAGGAGAUGGGUCUCUGGCAUGCAUGCGGAGUGUCUCAUUUUCCCGAAUUCUAGAAGUUCUGGGCAACGGGAGCUACACAUUCACGCCGGUGGCCGACAACCGGACUGUUUUUUCGGACUAUAUUGCUAGAGCAAAAGCUGGAGGGCUGGCGCGUCUUGUUCGUAUUCGUACCCCAUUAACCCGUUGCCAGCCUACUCUAGCAGGAAUAAACGCCCGCGAAUUUUCGGCCGGCUUCCCCCUCAGCCAGAGCUCCAUCAACGAGACGGCAGUGACUGAAGACCUAUUCGGAAGUUUCAGUUGUCCAGCCUAUCAAGCCGUAAAAACUCGACUGCGACAGCAUAUUCCUACAUGGCGGUACGUCUACCACGGCAACUUUACCAAUCUCAGUCCCAAACCUUGGCUAGGUGCUUAUCAUAGUGGCGCAUGGGUCGCCUUCGCUCAGAACCGUCACACUGGGUUGGAAGAUUACGGAUGGCCGUUGUUUACCUUUAAUGAAACCACGCUUGUCAAUCUGGCAGUCGACAACCGGCCGGGGGCUGUGCUUGGCUCGGCAGAAGACUGGGAUAGACACUGCAGAGGAGAUGUGUAUAUCGGGUACACUAUCCCAGAUUCUCUUCAGCUUCAUGUCUACAACAUGUAG